AUGAGCGAUCAGACGUCUCAGCUAAGCCUUAUCAGUGUCGUGGGCUUCAGCGGGGCGGACGACACGCUGCUCCUCCACCCGGAUGGCCGCACGCUGAUCUAUCCCCUGGGAAGCACGGUAGUGCUUCGUGACAAGAAUGAUCCUCGAGCUCAGGAGUUCCUCCAGGGCCACACGGACCGCGUUUCGGCGCUGGCGCUGUCGAAAUCGGGCCGUUACCUGGCCAGCGGCCAGAUCACGUACCUCGGCUUUGCCGCUGACAUCAUCGUGUGGGACCUGACGACGCGGAGCCUUGUCAAGAUCCAGGCGCUCUCCUUCUCCCCAGAUGAGACCGUCCUGGCGUCGCUGGGCGGCGCCGACGACAACUCCAUCGUGCUGUGGAACGUGGCCAGCGGCGAGCCGAUCUGCGGCAGCCCCACCAACGCGGACUUUGUGCUGCGCAUGGCGUUCCUCAACCACGACAACACGAAGAUCGUCACGGCCGGCAACUACAACCUGCGGCUGUGGACGUACGACAGCGCCAACAACAAGCUGGUGCCUCAGGACGCGCAGCUGGGGCAGCUGCAGCGCAUGAUACGGUCGCUCACGGUGGACAGCAGCGACGCGUUUGUGUAUGCGGGCACGACCUCAGGGGACGUGCUGCAGGUCAGCCUUGACCGCGUGCUCCUGCGCAACACUGGCCCGGCCAAGGCGCCCCUGCAGCGCGGCGCCACCGCCUCGGCCGAGGCGCCCAUCCCGGACCACCUCAUUGUCGGCGGCGGCGACGGCGCGCUGUGCCUGCUGCGCACUGCGCAGGAGCCGAGCGCGGCCAACCCCAAGCGGCUGAAGCCCAUGGGCGUCGUCGCGUCUGUGCGGCUGGAGGGCGGCGUGAGCAGCAUAGUGGUGGAGGGCGGCGCCGGCAAGGGCGGCGCGUUCAGCGUGCUGGUGGGCACCCAGGCGUCAAACAUCUAUCGGGUCACAUACGACGCCACGGCGUGCAAGCUGUCAGAGGAGCUGCUGCAGACGGCCCACCCCGACCGCAUCAACGCGCUCGCCUUCCCAGCGGGCUACAGCGAGGUCUUCGCCACCGCUGCCGCGGGCUGCGUGCGUGUGUGGCACCUCAACAGUUGCCGCGAGCUGCUACGGAUAGCGGUGCCCAACCUCGAGUGCAAGUGCAUCUCGUUUGCGGUGGACGGCAAGAGCAUCAUCAGUGGCUGGAGCGACGGCAAGGUGCGCGCCUUUGGCCCACAGUCCGGCAAGCUGCUGUACACCAUCAACGACGCCCACCACAAGGCCGUCACCGCGGUGGCCGUCACGCCCGACGCGGGCCGCAUCAUCACCGGCGGCGAGGAGGGCAUGGUGCGCGUGUGGCGCGUGUCCAAGGGCGUGGCCACGAUGGAGGCGAGCCUCAAGGACCACAAGGGCCCGGUCAACUGCAUCGCGGUCAACAACGGCGGCGGGGACGAGGCCGCCAGCGCGUCGAGCGACGGGUCGGUCAUCAUCUGGGACCUCACGACACACAGGCGCGCGGCGCAGGGGGUCGCGCGCAGGGGUCCACGGCUCACACGGGGGGAGGCGUGA